AAAAAAAAGAGGCGAUGUUGCCUUCAAUUGUCCGAGCCUCACGUCAUGGAAAGAGUUACUUUGUUGCAGCGCGCACAGGAACAAACCCAAAGAAACAACACCGAGCCGUGAUGCGAGCUGAUGCUCACUAGGAGGAAACUUUUAUUUGUAUGUUUUUUCGGUUGCUCGUUGUGCUCCUUUGUUUUCUUUAAAGGAUCGAGUGGAGAUGCGCAGGAACCUGUUUACAAGGAGAACGCCGCAAGUUUCAGCCUGAGGGAAUGCGAACCGGGCUCGAACCGCACAGGGAUACCAGUGCUCAUCCCUCCGUUCCUCCUCACGCCAUGGCACUUUGUCUUGGAGGCGUUUUUCAACGAGGACCGUGUUGAGGUUCUGCAAUGAGAACCAAGUGUCCCAGAAGUGAACAACGCGAGGUCGCGGUCCAGUCUCUGAGGAUUAAAACCACCGUCUGUGCUUUUGGGGGAGCUCUCUGGUGAACGCCACCACUGUUUUGUUUUUGUUUUGUUUUUUUUGGUUGGGAACCUGUUGUGUUUGUGAUGUGAAAAGAGGCAGAGGGUUUGUUAUGAGAGAGUCUGUGUGUUAUAGAGCUUUUAAAGCCUGAAGUUAUUUUCUAGACUUUCAGCCAGUGUGGAUAAUAAGACAAUAGAGUGAGAGCCUCCAUGGGCUGAGGAUGCUAGUGGUCACAGGAGGAACAUUUUAAUUUUUGUGGCCGGUAGAAGUCACAGUUACAUUAACUGUUCACCUCUCCCGUGUUUACUUGCUGUCAUAUCAUUAAUUUACAUCCCGUGCUGUCACACAACCGAGCCUACAGCUGCCAUGUAAUUGGAGAUGAGUUUAAAUAUUACAGUGAGCUAGUGUCAGAUGAUUCCAGCACAGCAUGCAGCAGCACGGUAGCAUCGGUGUCAUCUAGGCGCUAUGUGCAUGUAGAAGUUGUUGCCUUAGGAACCCACUGGAGUAUCAAGAUGUCGGUGAAAGCCAAAGCGCUCUACACUUUUCAGAGUGAAAACAAAGAGGAGAUCAGUAUCCAGGAGAACGAGGAACUGGUUAUCUUUGACGAGAACUCGGUGGACGGUUGGUUUCGGGGCGAGAACAGCCGAGGGGAGAGGGGUCUCUUCCCCGCCUCCUAUGUGGAAAUUAUUCGCACCCGCUCCAACUCUAACGUGACCGACUGCUCCAUCAGCCCGGCGGGAUCUUUAGGAAACGACUCCUCCUAUUUCCCCUCGACCCCAAACACCACACUGCAUUCGCAGCAGAGUUACUAUGAUGACGACGACGAUGACUGGGACGACUGGGAUGACAGGUCGACAGUGGUGGAUGAUGGAGACCACUCUAGGAGCCCUGGGGCCAACGGGCAUGCCCAUCAGAGCCCCCUGUCCAACAACCCCAAUGUGCACUACCGGUCCAAACCACACAUGGAGAGACAGGACAGCAUUUCCAGCUCGAGGAAAGGCAGUAUGGUGGGAAGGAACUUGAACAGAUUUUCCAGCUUUGUCCGCUCAGGGGUCGAAGCGUUUGUGUUGGGUGAUGUGCCCAUGAUGGCGAAGAUAGCUGAGUCGUACACCAUCGACAUGGGUCCCUUGGGGCCGGGGUGGCAGGAGAGUCCUCGGCCUUUCUCCUGCUCCAUUGAAGACCCAACAAAACAGACAAAGUUCAAAGGCAUCAAGACAUAUAUUUCGUACCGGGUCACGCCGAGCCACACAGGGCAUCCUGUCUACCGGCGCUACAAACACUUUGACUGGUUGUACAACCGUUUGCUGCACAAGUUCACUGUGAUCUCCGUGCCUCACCUGCCUGAGAAGCAGGCCACGGGGCGAUUUGAGGAAGACUUCAUCGAGAAGCGCAAAAGGCGACUGAUCCUGUGGAUGAACCACAUGACCAGUCACCCGGUCCUCUCCCAGUAUGAAGGCUUUGAGCACUUCCUGAUGUGUGCUGACGACAAGCAGUGGAAGCUGGGCAAGAGGCGGGCGGAGAAAGACGAGAUGGUGGGUGCCCAUUUCAUGCUGACCCUCCAAAUCCCUAACGAACACCAGGACCUUCAGGAUGUAGAGGAACGGAUCGACACCUUCAAGGCCUUUGCGAAAAAGAUGGAUGACAGUGUGAUGCAGCUCACACAUGUUGCCUCGGAGCUGGUGCGUAAGCACCUGGGUGGGUUCAGGAAGGAGUUCCAGCGACUGGGAAAUGCCUUCCAGUCCAUCAGCCAGGCGUUCAUGCUGGACCCUCCUCACAGCUCAGAGACCUUCAACAAUGCCAUCUCCCAUACAGGCCGUACCUACGAGAACAUUGGAGAGAUGUUCGCAGAGCAACCUAAGUAUGACCUCUUCCUUAUGCUGGACAAGCUGUCGCUCUACCAAGGCCUGCUCGCCAACUUCCCCGACAUCAUUCAUCUACAGAAAGGUGCCUUUGCCAAGGUGAAGGAGAGCCAGCGGAUGAGUGAUGAAGGGAAGAUGGACCAGGAUGAGGCCGACGGCAUUAGGAAACGCUGCCGGACGGUGGGGUUCGCCCUCCAGGCAGAGAUGAGCCACUUCCAUCGGCGGCGAGAGGUGGACUUCAAAGACAUGAUGCAGGCCUACCUCAGGGAGCAGAUAGCCUUUUACCAACGUGUUGUCCAGCAACUGGAGCGCACCCUGCGCAUGUACGACUGUCUGUAAAAGACGCGGAACUGCUGUCCUGUUCAAGAUGCCAAAAAAACACAGAGGGGAAGAAGAAGUCUUUGAUGAGUGACAUGGAAGUUACUGGAGAGACGUGCUAAUCCAGUCAGUCUUUCGUUUAGAUGGAUUCAAAGUCACGUUUUUUGUCUUUCUAAAGACCUACUGUACCUUUUUUUUCUGAAAUACACAUCACAUAGGCAAUGUCACAGCAUAUUGUUUAAUUUACAUAAUUUAAGGUGUAACAUUAAAAUAAGAUUAUAGGUUUCAAAAUUCAUAGUGGAUCUAUAGUUGAUUGUCUUUUAGUGUAACAUGCCAUGAAACGGGUUCUGUUUUUGAAAUUGUCCCCUUCUCUCCAUCAUCAUGCACUUUGGCUCCUCCUGGGACUGAUUCAAGUGGCUUCUAUGGAGAGAAAAAACCCCAAAUAUUCCCUGUUUUGUUUUUUUGUUAUUUUUAACCAACAUCUGAUAAACAUUCCAGAUACUGUUUAACGCAGCAUUUUAGGAUUUUAAGUCACUGCGUAAUGCCUUGUUUGAUGAGCGCUCAUCUUGCUCAGGUGUUCACUGCUUCAAACUUCAUUUCAGUUUCUUUAGUGUCUCUUUGCACAAAGAAAAAGAGUCUGUCUUAACUUUGCACCAUGUGGAAGACUCACUGAAACCAAGUAGUUCUGUUAAGUGAUGUAAUUUUACCUACUUUCUUCAUGCAGCAAGUGCCUUUAAGGAUCUGAGGCAUUCUGAUGGAAUGAAACAUAUUUUUUACAUGGACCGUUUGUCUGUAGCACGGCUGGUGUUUUUCUGGAAUGAAUUGUAUCUAGAAACGAGUUUGCACAUUUUUUUAAAUUUUUUUUUAUACACUAUCGGGUCAGAGUGUGUUGGUGUGUGUGGGUGAAUGAGUUGGAGUGAGUCGACUACUGGGCUGAUCAAAUCCCGUUUCCCCUGUGGAAGACAAAAAAGUAAUGAAGCGCUCUCAUGUAGCAGCAGGUUUAUCUCGUCAGCUGGUAUGUGUAGCAGCUGGGUAGUCGAAGUGGAUUAACUGGUCGAGUGAGGCGAAACUCCAGCGUGGCAUUUCAGUACUUUUGGUGACGCAAGACCAAAUUCUACCACUCACCACAGUUUUGUGUUUGAUGUAGUUUGGGUCAAUAGCAGUUCAAUUGGAGGUUCAUAUAAAGUAUUUAAGAAAAAAACAUCUAAUGAAUAAAACCGCGUUAUAUCAUACAGAUUAUCAGUUAACUGUGCACAUAAUGAUUUACAGAUAUAGUUUGACAUUUUGUCAAAAUCUGUCCAUUUCACUUUAUUGCCACGAGUUAGAUGAUAAUAUUAUCUCCAAUCUCAUGUUUGUUUGUUUAAUGUGAAGGUACAGCCAGCAGAUGGUUUAGCUUAGCUUAGCAUAACUCCUGGUAACAGGGAGAAACAGCUAGCCCGCCUCUGUGUGAAGGUUGAAAAAAAAAAAAAAAGUCUGGCUCAUUGAAUGCUCUCUAAUUAAACAUGUUAUUUUUAAUUUGUUUAAACUGGUGAGAAAACAAAGUCAAUUCACGAUUCUACUGGGUCUGUAACGCUGCCAUAUCAUGAAAUAAUCAGGCUUUAACGCCCUGAGUCAGAACUUUAUUGAUCCCACUGUAACUUUUGCAAUUUUCCCCUGUAGGGAUCAGUUAAGUAUUUUGGAUUCUGAUUUUGUAAAACUAAUAUUUGUCAUACUUAGACUGUGUUCCAACUGCAUGCAAGCAUCUGAAUUUACAGGAUGUCAGACGCUUGCCGUCCACAUGUUAUGUAUUAAAGUCUGUGUAAAGCAAAUUCAGCAAUUUUUACAUAAGUUAACCAACCACAUACCUGUGUGCUGGAGAUCCAAUUGGAGGCGUCGACACUCACGUUAAAGAUGUGAGUGCUUCCUGAAUAGCCUAUCUUCCUCCGUUAUAAUGUAUUUAAUCAGAACAUACAUUUUAUACCGUAAUAUUUAGAUGUUUCUGUACUGUUCUUGUUGUCGCAUGCAGUUAGGACAUGGUGAUACACUUAGCCUUUUGCAUAGAUUAAACAUACUAUAUUAGACGUGUAAGGUGCUGUAAGGUUAUUUUUUUUCUAGCUUGUGAAGGAGCCAGACUAGCUAUUUUCUGUUGUAUGCUAAGCUAACCUAAGCAGCCAGAGCCAGAUUUGUCCUGCAGACAUGAGUCAUAUCAAACUUCUCAUCUAACUCUCGCCAGUAAAGCAAAUGUGCAUAUUUCCCAAAAUGUUCAACUAUUCCUUGCAUAGUAAUAGGCGUACCUUAUUGCUCUUAUUCCAGUGGCGAUCACAGUACAGUGUCAUGUUUUACACUUUUUUUCUCACAUUUAAUGAAGUCAUUUCUCCACACUGAACAAGAUUCGACUGACUGAGAAUUCAGCUCCCAUUCUUCACUGUUCGAGUGUUUGUUACUAAAAGCGAGUUGUGGCAGUAACGUCACUCAUUCUGUUUCACAAGAGAGAAACUUCAUUGCAACCUGCGGUCUGCGAGGCUAUCUUUAACGUCGUGUUAACCUCCGAGGUUUAUGUGGAGUGACGUCUGCGUUGCAGUAAUAAGCAUUACCUCACGGCGUGCAGGGAACGUCUUUGCGAGCUUCUCCUCGAGCGGUUCCUGGUGUUCAUUCGGCAGCUGUGACUCUUUCCCUUGUGUUUUGAUGGCGGAGGGUUUGAUCUGCCAGCAUUGUGCUUGCGUGUGGAUGAAAAGUGAAAAUGAAAAAUAGUUGCUGUGACGUCUCCGCCUGGUGUUUGUGAGUUUCAGAAUUUGAGGUCAGGGCCUUAUUAUGGUCCUCCGAUAACACAGAAGUGCUGAUUCAGAGCGGCAGGUUUCUCAGUAAACAAAUGGUCCCUGUGUGUUUGUGCGUGACUCAGAUGUGAGUGUCAGUUACUGGUACCGUUCAGUCCACAUCUGCAGCCUUUAACUCUUCACUGUCUACAUGUGGUGUUGUUUAUGUCGAACAAACCUUUUUUGCUUUCUUUGCAUUUUUUUUUUUUUUUUUAAAUCUGUCAGCAUUUGCACUCAGUUUCUCCAAGACCAAAGAAGUCAGAUGUUUUCUACUGGGCUUCCUCUUUUUUUCAUUUUUUUUUUCAUUUUUUACUGUCUUUGGUUGAAGUGAAAUGUGCUCCCUGGUUUUGUAAGUUUUACCUGUUAUACUCUAAGGAAAAUGUGAAGAGAGGAUUUGGAAAAAAGUCAAGAAACACUCCACAGAGGACACCAAAGGCAGAUUUGGGGCAAAAAAGGUGCAAAAGAGAGAAACCAGUCGAACAACCUCCAGUCAGGUUUCAUAACGACGCUUCCCUCUCGUGUUCCAAAGCUGCGCCAUAAGUUAAGCACCAGACAUUUCACACAAGUGACUGUUGCCCGAUAUGGAUGUGUGACCUGGUGAGUUUGCAGGAACUCUACGCUUUUGUUUCAGUCUCUGAAGUAACAGAUGGUGAUUUUCAGGAAGUAAUUUGUCACUUGAUUUAAGGGAAGGGGACUUAAAAAUCUUAAUAAAAAGUAAUGAUGGUGAUCUGU